UUGUGUGUCUGGCUGCCUCUUCUAUGAGAUGCGACUCACACGGCUUCCAACAUCCUCUCCUGUUACCAAGGCAUCGUAGAAGUCUAAUCUACACAGAAGACAGUUAUGUUGAGCUGUUCGUCUCACUGGCGUGGCCGGUGCCUCUGGAGAACGAGAACGUGGUGGCUUCGCUGGGCUUCACAGCCGACUACGACCUCCCCACCAACGCCAGCCAGCUGUACGAGCCGUACACCGUGGGCCGCGCGUCCAGGGCGGCUGCGGCAAGGGGCCGCGGGUUCGGACGUCUCGCCGUGUACAACGCGAUAGAAAAGUAUUUCACCAGGUAUGGUUUCGAGGGACGUGAUUGCCUACAGCGAACUAUAUGUGAAAUGGCAACAACGUCGGUUCGACACAACGGUUUGGUCGGCGAUCUUCUACACAUUAUAUUCACGCCGUCGACAUCUGCAGACGCGGAGCUGCCGUCGGCGUACCUGGAGGCGGAGGAGGCUGGCCGGCGGGGGGGCUGUGGCGCGCGCUUCCCGGGCUGCCCCCAGUCGCCGCUAGAUCUCGUCUCGGUCGACCUCGGCGCUCUGUGACCAGCAGCGCCACGCGGCGAUCACGGUUGCGUAUCUGCUGCAGCUACAAUCCGCACAGCUGCCUGACUCUUACAGGAACAAGAAGCAGUUGAAAUAUAGUACCCGAGUGAGCGCAAUCUGACGAAAACAGCCACCACAGCUGCGACUUCGGGAAACAAAGUGAAGAAUGUACAGUGUGUCCGAGAAGUCCCCAUAUCGCCGUUCAUAAAGCACCAGCAGUGUUUCAGAAGACGACUGCGCGGAACCUAGAAAAUAAACUUAUCAUUGCACAGAGCAUCUGUCCGUGUUUUAAUUCGUAAUACCAUUUCCUGGGGCUUCUAGCGAAUUGUUCCCGCACACCCCGCACCUUCUUCCGCUAGCAAUCCCACUUGCCCCUUUUUUUCACAUCACAUUGAAAGUAUCUAACCAAAAUUGUAUUCUUUUAUUCUGUGAAAG